GUACACGUAUUCCAGAAGAAUCCUCCUGGGCCUGAUUUUCUCCGUGGUAGGAGACGCCCUGCUCAUUUGGGAAGACUUCUUCGUCCAUGGUUUGGGCGCAUUCCUGGUGGCUCAAAUAUUUUAUAUUUCUGCCUUUGGCUUUAGGCCUUUCAACAUAUAUGUUGCUACAGUCUGCUAUUCUUUAAUGGCUUUAGGAGUGUACCUCCUGAUGCCUGGAACUUCUGGAGCCAUUAGCUUUGGCAUGCCAGUCUACACCUGCCUUCUGCUGACCAUGGUGUGGCGUGCAGUUGCCAGAGUUCAGCUUUUUGAGGAAUUAUGGACUUGGACAAAGCUGUGCUCCUGUGUCGGAGGCAUUCUGUUUGCUGUGUCAGAUUCAUUCAUUGGUUUUAAUUCCUUCUACUGCCAUGUACCACAUUCUCAGGCUAUUAUCAUGAUUACAUACUAUGCAGCACAGCUGGGAAUUUCACUCAGUGUUGUGGACAGCAAGGCAAGCUACCUCGACUCUUUACGCGAUGUAAAGCCUCAGACUGACAUGCAGCGUUGCUGUUCACAGCCAGUGUCAGACAGCGAAGAUGAACUUAGACAAGAUUGUUCCCCUUGCCACAUCAGGGCUUCCUUUACAGAUGACAGUACCUUGAUUCAGCGAAAGAUUGUCUCCAUGAAUAGUUCUCAUUAGGUGUAAUGACUCUGGUUUAAAGACAAGAAGAAUAAAAAGGAAACAUUUUUAUGGUAUGUAAAGUAGUCAGCAUAGACCCUUUCAUCAAACAUGAUCUAUACUCAUCAGUGUGUGCUAGGUCUUCUUACCACAUCUGAUGUCUUAUCCUUUGGGACCAGGUUAAGUAUUGCAAGAGCUCAGGUGUAAAUUUGAAUCUCUCAUAGUUUUGAUUUCAAGGGUUUGUGGAUUGGUCUAGAAAUCGGAGAGACUUUCAUCUCUCCAUCCACUGAAUUAUGCCAAAAUAUGUUUCGGUGAUAAUGUAUAGUCAGUAACUCUCUUCAACUUUUUUUUUAUUAUUAUUAUUAUUAUUAUUUAUUUAUUUAUUUUUUUUUUUGUAUAUGUUUAUCAUUCUUCUGUACCUUUCUUGUGUUUGUAAAUAUCUAUCUAGGGCAUUGUGUCAGUACUCUCACAUUUGCUCAAGAAUUGUGAUGCAGUCAUAAUCUAAUGUCUAGAAAACAUGUCUUUCGUACCGGUACCAGAUUGGUUGUGCAAAUUACAUAUGAAAAGCUUCUGCUAUUAAAAAUUAAGUAUAGAGAAAAAAAUCUAAACAUACACCAUUUUAUGCACAUACCUGUCUACACAUACAUACAUGUAUACAUACGUACAUAAAUAAAUAGAAAAGUUGUUCUUGCUUUGUUCCAUACCAUAAAUCAGUUUGCAUUAGAGGGACCUGUCUUCCUUCAGCAAGUGACUGCACCACAGUCAACCAAUACAGUGUAAGAGCAUGACAACAUGUGAUAAAAGCAACAUAAGAAGGAAUACCAAAGCAAUGUAAUUUAUUUAUUCAUGAUAUUCUAUUUACCAAGCUGGUUCCUGUUGCCCCUUGUGGUUGGUUUGCAGAUUUGAUAGGGUUAGAAGCAUGUUUUCGAUAGAACUAAUCUUUGUUUAUAUUGUAAAUGCAUGUGUGACUUACAGUAUUUUAUGGCAGGGUUAUUUAAUAUUUUAUAUUCUGUAGAGGACAUGUGUUUAAAUGGAUUGUUGUAAAACUGGUAGCAUGAGAGAUGAUUCUUUUGACUUACAAAGCGGUGGAUAUUGCUAGAAUCUCGUAAAUCUUUUUGAUCUUUGUGUUUUCCUUUCUUAUAUUGAAAGAGAGAGUAUGGUUGGAAUGAAAAAAAUGCUGGAGAUUUUUUUUCCAUAUUGGGCAGACUGUAAAUAUUACCUGUGGUGAGACUUAAUGCCCCCAACCUGUCUGGCAAUGUACAAAAUAUUUUCCUGAUCAGUGGAGUGGUAGCCUAUUUAUUUUUCUAUGGUGUUACUGGGAAAAGAGAGAAAAAAAAAUAUAUGGCAACCACAUUCUUAACUGAUUGAAAUAAAUAUUGUUUCCUUACUGCAUUCAUAUGAAAAGUACAGAACAGAAUAUCAAAACUUUGUAGUUAUGUAUCUCAUUGCUACCUCACAUUUAGAUAUUUUGACGUUCUGAAAAAGCUUGAUGUGAAUGUAUUACAGACUUUGUUUAUAUUUCGUAUGUUGAACAGUAAUAACAAAUAGCAUAAGAUAAUUUUAAUAAGGAAAGGGGUUUCAAUGGAUGUUCAUUAAUAAUAUUUAAGCCUAGUAGUAGCAAUGUGUCUGUUUAAAGAUUUAAUAUCUUAAUAUUCAGUGUUUUCAUAUAGGUAAACUUCCCUUUUUUUAUUUGAUUUUUUUUAUUCUAAAUAAUAGGUUUGUUUGAACCUUGAGCCUAUGAAUAUCAUCUUUUUCCUAAAUGUUCUGCAUCAUGGAUAGUUUUUUCUGUUUUGUAUUUUGAGUAUGUAUCCAAAACACCAUGUAAUAAUGUUGCCUGAUUAUAGAGAUAAAAAAUGUCCACAUUUCUUGUUCUGUUGUUAGUUAUUUUUUCUUUUUUACCUGUUAUUAUUACUAUUUCACACAAACAGGUAACAACUUUUUGAUCACAUGCAAAUGUAGUCAUAACUAGUAGCAUGUUGAUAUUUUUCAUAGACAAAUUUAUAAAAUUCAGGGCUCAUCUGUAAGGGUGCUCACUUACCCCCUUCGUAAAAUGAACAUAAAAACAACUAUCUGACUGAAAUAAUAAUUUACUGUACUCAUGUUCCAUACAAUGAAGUAUGGUUAUAUCUAUAAAUAAACAUUUUUGUUAAGCAGUGAUCAUAUCCACCAACUUGUCUCCUUAAACAGUACGCAUUUAAAGAGUGGCAGCCCUAGUUUGUGCUGACACUACCUUUUGUUAGGUAUUCCUUUUGGGACAUUUCCCCAUGUGGAAAAUUAAAACCAAAUUUGUCAUAGGGGGUAAAUUUUAGACAGAAGUUUGUUGCCCUCCAGAUGACUGCACAUACCUUGGGCAGUGGGCCAUUAAGCCUGGAAGUGAUCAGUAUCCUAAAUGAUUUGUUAAAUUUUGAGUUGCAUUACCAAGUGUUUCUGUAUGUAUAUAUGUAUUUUCUCUUUUUGCUGGUGGAUUUGACUUUAAUGUAUUUAAGUAAGAACAACCUUGUCCUUUGCAAUAAUAAGCUUUGAGUAUUAUCAGAAAAUGGUGCUGAUGAAGCGGUGUUUUGUAUAUUUGUUUAGUUCAUUUUUUUAACCAUGGUUUUCAUAGGAAGAGGUUGAGCAUGUAGUUGCACUUUGUUUAUGAAUUGUUGUUAUAUAUAUUUUUUGUCAGUAUUCAGAAAACCUUGCAUAUUUUGUUGCAAUACUUGUAUGACUAAGAUGUAAAGGUUCACUGGAACAAGUGUUGCAUUGUGUCCACCAUCUCUUGAUAUAGAUACACAGUGGCUUUCAGUAUGUGUAUAUAUUGUUUGAAGUAAACAGAGAAGGAAGCAUGAAAGGUGCUCAAUAUUCAGUCAGAAGAGACAGUCAUUUUUUUGAUGUUAUGACUAUUUUGUAAUUCUAAUGCAGUUUUCCAAAAUAUUUUUAAAUACAUCAUUAACAAAAUAAUAUAUAUUUCUUAUACACAGACUGUUCAGUAUUUCAAUACACAGUGGAAAUGAGUGCCAAUGUCUUAUGUAACAUCCGUUGUUUAUUGCUACACUAACCAUUGGGCUAAACAGUUUGCUCGAACAGGUUAGACCAUUGUAAACAUUAAAGGAGUUAUUCUAUUA